AUGGAUGUUAGAGGGGUUGGGCGGGGUGGCGGGGGAUAUUAUACGGAGCCAGUCUUGGGUGGUGGAGGUUGUGGAAAAGAGUCUUGGGAGGGGAACUGCGGUGUGGUUGGUCAGUUGCGGGUGUGGGUGGUGGGAGUAGAGGGGGGAAGAAGGGGUUACUUGACCGCACCUCUGUGCGGAACAGGGAUGCGAUUGACGGUAAGAACGAUUGCAUCUUCGUCGGUAGGUGCUGGUAACGUUGAUCAGUUGGUGGGGGGGGGGGAGAGUUUGAUAUUGAGGUCCGGUUUUGCACAGAUAGAGGUAUGAUAGAUGGAGAUUUACCAAUCCUUCUAGUUGGCUGACUCAGCUGAGGGUUAUAAACAUUACACCGAAUCAUUUCUGAUAUUUUAACUACCCCACCUCCGUGUGAAAUCUCCAAGUAAGGAACAGUCAGCAUGCGGCUGCUUCUCUCCCCCAGAAACCUCCCGACAACCUCCGGCACAUUUGGAGGUUUUUCGGGAGUGAUAAGUGUAAGAGGAAUCACCCAAUCCCAUUCCCAACGGCGCAAAUAUUCAACAAGUUCGUUCGUUCCCCAAUCCACAUUCACUACCUGCGUGAAUCCAACCGUGACUAACAAAUACAUCCACAACAACCACAGAAGAACCACCAUCGCCACCAACAAUUCAACUAGAAGGAAGGCACUACCCAACUGACGAAUGGACAAACCUCCCCUCGCACAUCUCCUCCGCGCUCUCGCGAAAACUCCACCUCCAACCCUCCCACCCACUCUCGAUAACCAGGCGCCUCAUCGAGUCUCGCUUCCCCGGCCCGACAUACCAAUACCACAACAACCUCUCCCCUAUAGUCUCCGUGCACCAGAACUUCGACUCCCUCGGUUUCCCUAUCGACCACCCGGGCAGGAGUCGCACGGACACAUACUACGUCAACAAAGACACCGUCCUCCGCACGCACACUUCCGCGCACCAGGCCGACACAUUCCGCUCGGGAACCUCAGACGGAUUUCUUAUCUCAGCAGACGUGUACAGGCGGGACGCGAUUGAUCGCAGCCACUACCCGGUUUUCCACCAGAUGGAAGGAGCAAGGAUGUGGUCGCGGGAUGGGUGCAAAGCGAGGGGGGGAGUCGCGGCUGUGAUCAUGGAGGAUAUUGAGAGCAUGCCGAAGCAUGGGAUUAAUGUUGAGGAUCCGAACCCCCCGUUCCAUGAGAAGAGGAAUCCACUGCAGGUGGAGCAUACGCCCGAGGAGGCGCAGGCCGUUGGCGCGCAUUUGAAGCUUUGUCUGGAGCAUGUUGUUGCGGAGGUGUUUGGCCUGGCGAGGGCGGGAGCGGUAGCGGCCGGCGGUGCAGGUGCGGAGGGGGCGAGCGAAGAGCCGUUGAGGGUGAGGUGGGUGGAGGCGUAUUUCCCAUUCACAAGCCCUUCUUGGGAACUCGAGGUGUAUUGGCAGGGGAAUUGGUUGGAAUUGUUAGGGUGUGGUGUCGUUCAACAGAGCCUACCAAAAAAUGCUGGUUUGUUAAUCAUUUCUCCCCUCCCUAACCAUUCCGCUACCACCCCCUCCUAAUUUGCCCCUCUCUUUCUCUCUCUAGGUGUCCCCGACAAGAUCGGCUGGGCCUUCGGCGUCGGCCUCGAACGGGUCGCUAUGCUCCUAUUCGGAAUCCCGGACAUCCGCCUCUUCUGGUCCUGCGACAAGCGUUUCCUGGGGCAAUUCAAAAAAGGGGAGAUUUCUAGAUUCGUUCCAUUCUCAAAAUUCCCACCCUGCUACAAAGACAUCGCCUUCUGGCUGCCCAGAUCCGGCAGUUCUGUUGGAGGCCAGGUAUCGUUCCAUGAGAAUGACAUGAUGGAGAUUGUCAGAAAUGUUGCGGGAGAUCUUGCGGAGGAUGUGAAAUUGGUAUUUGACGAGAAGAGAAAAACUCUCCCCUAUAAUUCAGUUCUUGGGGAUAUAUUAACAUAACAGGAUAGAUUGACGAAUUCACGCAUCCAAAGACCGGGCGAAAGUCACUGUGCUUCCGGAUCAAUUACAGAUCACUCGAAAGGACUCUCAGGAAUGAUGAAGCCAAUUCCCUUCAACAAAUGGUUAAAAGAGUCUUGGUUGAAGAAUUCGGGGCCGAAGUACGGGAAAAGAGUGAAAAGUAG